AUGCCGACCAACUUCCUAGCUGGCCUCGAGUCAGUUCUACUGGCCUCAGCCUUUCCAGAAGACAUGCGCGCAGACAUACGCAGCUUUUCCAUUGGUAUCCUUCGACAAAAAAGACGCCAACAAACCCUACCGGCCGAUGAGGCACAAGGAUUACAAUCACUUAGAUUGGACCACAAUAUUGUUGUUGUUCCCGCUGACAAGGGUGGCGCUACUGUCGUCAUGGACAGAAUUGAAUACAUCAACAAGGCGAAUGGAAUCUUCGGUGACGUAGCGUCCUACACUCUUCUUGCCGAAGACUCGACGAAAAAGCAAGCCGCUGCCAUCAAGAAAAAGGUUAAUGGGCUCACUCGUCUGAAAGUUAUAAGUCCAGAUGAUUCCAAGCUGAUGACCCUCAGUGAUCGCCAUAUCGCACGCGCGUAUGGUCUCCCAAAAGUGCAUAAAGUGGACGCCCCACUGAGGGUUAUUGUACCGCUCAUCGGAUCACCUACUGACAAUAUAGCUAAGUGGUUGUACAAGCAUCUGAAGCAGUUAACCCAUGGAUCUGACUACAGCAUCAACAAUUCUCUCGCGCUCCUCCAAAGGAUCCAAGGCCUCGAAGUAAGUGCCGAUGAAUGUCUCCUGUCCUUUGACGUCGUUGCCUUAUGUUCUUCCAUACCACACGAUUUGGCAAUUGACUGCGUAGCCCAACGCUUACAGGAGAAUCCUAUUGAGAUUCCAACUCAGCAUAUUACAGAACUGCUCAAACUCUGCCUUAGAAACUACUAUCAAUUCGAUAAUAAGUUCUACCAAUAGGUAAAGGGAACCCCAAUGGGCUCGCCAAUAUCUGGACUGCUCGCAGAACUUUUGUUGCAGCGACUAGAAAAAAGAGGUUUUCCAAGAUCUCAGCCCCAAAGUGUGGCUUCGCUAUGUAGACGAUACCUUUUUCGUGAUAAAGAACUGCGAAAUUGAACGGCUGCAUCAGAGGCUGAAUGACGUCUUCCCGGCCAUACAGUUUACUCGAGAAGAAGCAAUAGGGGACACCCUGCCGUUUCUUGAUGUGAGAAUACAAAGGCUGAGCGAUGGUAGUCUCGCAACGAGCGUCCAUAGGAAAGGAUCUAAUUCCGAAAUUAUCCUCAAUUAUGGAAGCGACCACCCCGCAGCUCACAAAAGAAGCUGCGUUCGAACUCUGUUCCACCGGGCCUAUCGUUAUUGCAAAAGCGACGAUCUCUUUAAGAAAGAGCUUGCCUACUUGUAUCGGUUGUUUCGAUCCAACGGAUAUCCAACAAGUUUCGUAAAGAACUGCCUCAGACACCAGGCACAACCGCAAACUCCCACCCUCAACGGGGUACCUGUGUCUCGACAAUCCUUUCCCUGCCUUAUAUGCAAGGAGCGUCCGAAGUAAUCGCCCUAGGGAACCAUAGUUGUAUUCCCUGACGUUUCAAAAGCAAACAAACUUUCAUUGUCGGAGGUGAGUAUUGUGCCACAUCUCAUAGUAUUUAUAGGUGCUGAUGGUCUCCUUACAACUGGUUUACCUCUCGUCGGGGGCCGGUUUUCGGGUGUUAGCCGUCAUCGCGCGUGUUCACAUGAACCUUAGUUCUCAUCCUAGGCUAGCAAUCUUCUUGAGGACCCCGCGACGGUCUGUGUUCUCACCUGCCGAAUAAAUGGCAGUGAAGCCGGCACCUUCGUCUGGUCCUACCGAGACAAACUCAACCAGAACUUGGUAUCAGAAGCGCGUUGGGAAAGUCGCUGA